AUGCUACGAGCGCCAGAAAAAAGACAGGCGACGACUCGACGAAGGCCUCACAGGUUUUCGACCGGUUGCUCGCGAAAGAUGAAACGAGCGCGGUCUUGUUUGAGUUGCCGAAGCGUUGGGCAGCUGGGAUGUUUCCAGGGGAGUGUUGUGUCGAAACGCAAAGGUUUUCAGGCGCAAUCAAUACUUUCGCCAGUUCAAUAUUCUGUUCAACGAGCUGACCUUAGGGCAAUCGAGGACCAUCCGUUGCCUGUGGCAAGCACAGCUCACAGUGAAGCCUUCCAUGUCCUCGAGCCCAAGGCUCUGGAUGAUGGAGAGUUUUCGGAAUCUUCUUCGCCACCGUGCUCUACGCUGCAGGAGCAGUCGACAUUUCACCAACGCGCUACAGAUGUUGCCGAAAGCAGCGGAAGAGACAGCGAAAGUCCACGGGAUUAUCUCUCCCAGUCAAUUCAGCUGAAACGAAUGUCGCAGGAAGAGAAGGUCUGCAGUAUGAAGAGAAUGAAGGCCAGCGUAAACGUUGAUCCAGAUGUUCAGGUGAUGGCCACCCCUGUAUCGCAGAUGAAGAAUUCGCGGGAACAGUUAAUAACAACGGUGAAGGGUACAACUCCUGGCAAGGUCCCUAAUGAGCAGAGCGUCACCGAAUUUCCUCAUCCGGGCAUCACCUUGGACUUGGGGGAAGCGACAGCAGGGGAGGAGGAACCGUGGCCAUUAAUGGUGGACCCCAGCCAUGACAGCUGGAGAAUGGAGGCCGGCGUCUCUCGGACGGACACGCCCGAGGGUGGCGCGGGCGCGGGACCUCCCGGGACCUAUGGGUCGUCCAAGCAGCCCGGGCCCCACAGCAGCAGGCGGCUGGACCUCGUGAAGGGGAAGUUUCAGUCCUUCAGCCACUCCAGGAGGCCAGUGACCUUGUCCGCGCGGAGGACGUCCUUGGACCUGUCUCAAGGCAUCAGGAAGGCCAUGAGCGGGGUGGCGUCGGCGCUGGGCGUCUUCGAGGCGAAGGAAGACUUCGAGUCGGCCAGCGACGACGAGGUGGGGCCGGGGGCCCACGGGACCACGGACCGCAUGGGGCCCGCCGAAGAGGGGGCUGACGACAUCCCGUCGGGGAAGGACGCCGGUGAUGAUGUCAGUACCGGCGGCGGCAUUUCGGCCUACGAGCCCUAUGAAACGCUGCCGAAGAAGGAUCGCCCCAGUCCAUCGCCAAGAGGCUUGACCAAGAGGGCAUCCAUGAUCGCCAUGAAGAUGAAACUCAUGAAGUCCACCAGCAUCCAGGACACUGUCACCUUGGCCGCCUUCAAGGAGGCCCUUUCGUGCAAGACGGACUUGCUGCCUCGCAGGAUAUACGCAGUCCUGUCGCAGUCCGGCGGCCAGGUCACCAAGGAGUUGCUGGUGCAAGCCGUGAUACACUCGGAUGACGGCAACGUGGAAGACAGGUUGAGAUUCGCUUUCGACGUGUAUGACGUGGAUGGGUCCGGCGGAAUUGGGAGAGAAGACUUCAGACAGUCUUUGCAGGUAGAUGCCACCUGCUCUCCAAACCCUCAGCGAAGGCUCUCGCACUGGGGAGAACUUGUCCUUUCAAGUUUCAAUCGACUUUGCCAUGAUGAAAUUGAUGGAAAUAGCAAAGAUGCUGCGAUGCCAGAUACAGUCUGA